AUGGACGAGAACAACUCACAACCACAUCAAACCUCUGAAUAUUCAUCUGAGGUCAACAUCAGUCCAAUAUUAACAUCAUUUACCUUUGGUGAAGACUAUAAUCAAGCAAUAUCAGUUGGAGAAAUACCAUCAUCAAUACUAUUAUUGGAGUUUGGUGAUAGAUAUAAUCAACCUCUAUCAGUUGGAGUAUUACCAUCAUCAUUACAAUCAUUGAAGUUUGGUUAUUUCUUUAACCAACCUCUAUCAGAUGGGGUAUUGCCAACAUCAUUAUUAUCAUUGCAGUUUGGGUUGGAAUUUAAUCAACCUCUAUCAGUUGGAGUACUACCAUCAUCAUUGCAAUCAUUGAAGUUUGGUUGGUACUAUAAUCAAUCAAUAUCAGUUGGAGUAUUACCAUCAUCAUUACAAUCAUUGAAGUUUGGUAAUCACUAUAAUCAACCAAUACCAGUUGGAGUACUACCAUCAUCAUUGCAAUCAUUGAAGUUUGGCGACCACUAUAAUCAAAGAAUAUCAGUUAGAGUAUUACCAUCAUCAUUACAAUCAUUGAAGUUUGGUUAUAACUAUAAUCACUCAAUAUCAGUUGGGGCAUUACCAACAUCAUUACAAUCAUUGACAUUUAGUAAAAGAUACAACCGACGCUUAUCAGUUGGAGUACUACCAUCAUCAUUACAAUCGUUAGAGUUUGGUAGAUUCUAUAAUCAGUCAAUAGCAGUUAGAGUACUACCAUCAUCAUUACAAUCAUUGACAUUUGGUAAUGGAUAUAAUCAACCUCUAUCAGUUGGAGUAUUGCCAUCAUCAUUACAAUCAUUGAAGUUUGGCAAUGACUUUAAUCAACCUCUAUCAGUUGGAGUACUACCAUCAUCACUACAGUCAUUAAAGAUUGGUGAUGGCUAUAAUCAACCUCUAUCAUUUGGGGUACUACCAGAAUCAUUACAAUCAUUGGUUUUUGGUGAUAGAUAUAAUCAAGCACUAUCAGUUGGAUUAUUACCAUCAUCAUUACAAUCAUUGGUGUUUGGUUAUUACUAUAAUAAAUCAAUACCAGUUGGAGUAUUACCAUCAUUGCUAUCAAUGAAGUUUGGUAUUAGAUAUAAUCAAUCGAUACCAGUUGGAGUACUACCAUCAUCAUUACAAUCAUUGAAGUUUGGUAAUCAUUAUAAUCAACCUCUAUCAGUAGGAGUAUUACCAUCAUCAUUGCAAUCAUUGGAGUUUGGUAAUGGUUAUAAUCAAGCAUUAUCAAAUGGAGUAUUACCAUCAUCAUUACUAUCAUUGAAGUUUGGUGGGGAUUCGAUAGUUCCCAUAAGAUUUUUUGUUGACUUCAAGAAAUCCAUUAGUUUAAGUAGAAAAUUUCUUAAAACAAAAUCAUCAGUAAUCAAACUUCCCAGUAUCAAAGCUCCUCUUAUUCUUUCAACAACGAUAUCAUCCCCAUCCCUACAUCAUCUUGAUAUGAUUUCUGAACACCCAGAAUCUUUGAAUCAAAAUCCCAACUCAAUCAAUUGCGACCCCAACUAUUUAAUGACUUAUCAUAUCACUUCCACAGACUUCUUUUUAGUCAACCAGCAUAAAUAUUUCAAAUUACACACUUUCCCCUACUCUGCCAACAAAGUAUUUUUAGUAAUGUGCCAGUCUUCGGGAGAAUUGUAUGUUUACAAAGAAAUAGAUUACUCUAUCAAUCCAAAGAUCUACUCCAAAGUACAAUUUGAAAUCUCAACGAUGCAACUAUUCAUUGGUGACGAUAUGAAUGAAUCUCAAAAACAACAACCUAAACCAGAAUAUAAAUAUAUUCCAGAACCAGAAAUAUGGGCCUACAUUCGUCGAUUAUUCCUCAUACUUGAAAAACUUUCUCGAUUCAACAUUGCACAUCUCGAUAUCAAACCACUCAAUAUCUUUAUACGACAUGAUGGUGAGAUAGUUCUUGGUGAUUUUGGUUGUUGUCACUAUUACGUUAAUCAAAAUAAUGGUGAUAAUAUCAAUGGAGCCACAAACAAUAAUCAUAAUCAAAUUAAUAAUGUUGACAAUCAAACAAAUAUGAUAGAAACGACUGUCGUUUCUCGUGGAACAAAUGGAUAUUACUCACCUGAAUCAAAACAAAAGAAAUACUACUCUACAAGUGAUAUAUAUUCAGUUGGUUCAACUAUUUUACAUUUACUUUCAUGUCAUCCAGAUGAUAUUGCCAAUAGAAUUGAAUUUGUCAAGAACCACAAAAAUAACAACUUUUUUAAUGCUGAUGAUAUUAAAAUAUCAACAAAAAGAUACUCUGAACAUUUAAUUAAAUUUGUCAAGAAUCUAUUAAUCGCAACUCCUCAUAAUCGACUUUCAUUGGAUGAUUUGACAGGGGAAAUAAUCAACCAACACACACAGAGAAUCACAUCAUUUUUAAUCGACCAACGACAAAUUCUAGCAACAACAACAACAUUAAUAUUGGAUGGUGAAUUCAACAGUCCUCUAAAAGGAUUACUUCCAGAGACACUUUUAAAAUUAAAGUUAUUGGGAAAGUUUAAUCAACCAAUAGAAUGGGGAGAUAUUCCUGAUAGUGUUGAAACAUUAAUAUUUGGAUCUUCAUUUAAUCAGGAUGUCAAAGUGAUAGCACAUGUUCAAGCAACAAUCUAUGCACAUUUAUUUUGUCAAAUAGAUAAAUCAAAAUUUGAAUCAAUCAAUCAACACUUUGGAGAAUACCAACCAGAGUCAGAAUACCCCCUAAAAGAAAUGGAGAAAUUAUUCGAAUUGGAUGAAGACAAUAUUCAUGAAGAGUUUGAACACAACAAUCAAUAUCUAAAUAUUAGAUUGAUUUACAUUAAAUCUUCUGGGCUAUCAAAAUUGAAAAAAAAGCUAGCUGUAUUAUUUAAAAAGAGCGAGCAAUAA